AUGGCGGAUUCAACUGAAACACUUCGACGAGACAAUACAAUGGUUGCAACAGCAAAGGAAGGUAAAGAAUUCCUAGGUGAUCAGAUCGAAUUGAACGCAAAGACCCGUGGUCAGCAGAAAGACUUGGAAAGUGUUAGUCAGGAUAUUGAUUCUCCUAGUAAAUUAUUGCGAAAGAGUACAAUGGCUGCUACCGUUGAGGAAGGUGCAAAAUUAAUAGGUGAAGAGAGACUUAGCCGAACUAGGGCUCAGACUGCGGGUGAGACUGGUGAAGAAGAUGAAAAAGAAUCUACCCCUGCGCUGAAGCGGGAUUCGACUAUGGCAGUGACUGCUAAGGAAGGUAAAGAAUUUCUUGAGCGAGAGAAUUAUACUGAGACCGAGCCUAAUAAUGACGAAGCGGCAAAUGAUGAUGAGAAGGAAGAAGAAAAUGGUCAUUCCUUGAAAAGAAAAACGACAAUGGAAGCAACAAUUGCCGAUGCAGAAUCGUUCAUGAAGCGCGCGAAGGGCAGUGAAACUGAUACAAUAAAGGAAGAGGAAGAAGUAAAGGCUGAUAAUGGAAAUGAUAAUGGAGACGAUCAAAGUUAAAAAGACCACUCUGAGCUAAUUAACAUGGCGUUAUAAGUUGUAGUAGUAGACCUUUAGCAACGAUUCCAUUUGUUUUACCUUAUAGCGUUCGAGCUUCGCCAGUAUUGGUUAAUAACUUGUCUUUAGUAACUUGUAUAAACAUUCAACCAUAAAUAUUAUUAACAUGUAAACGGUAAACUGUAUCAAAGCGCAGUAUCUACAUUGUUUCUAGGUUUAGAGCGCAUAUUAAUAAAUUGUUU